CGGCCGCGGGGCGGAGGGAGCACCUGGGUGGGCCCCGGAGCCAGCCCCGCGGAGUCCCGCGCUCGGCCGCCGCAGCCUCGCCGCCGGCCGUGCCAUGUCCUGGGCUGUGCUCCUCGGGCUCCUGGCCGCGCUGCUGCUGCUGCUGCUGCUGAGCCGUCGGCGCGCGCGGCGACCUGGCGAGCCUCCCCUGGACCUGGGCAGUAUCCCCUGGUUGGGCUAUGCCUUGGAGUUUGGAAAAGAUGCUGCCAGCUUCCUCACUAGGAUGAAGGAGAAGCAUGGUGAUAUCUUUACUGUGCUGGUCGGGGGCAGGUACGUCACUGUCCUCCUGGACCCACAUUCCUACGAGACGGUGGUGUGGGAGCCUCGCAGCAAGCUGGACUUCCACGCCUAUGCUGUCUUCCUCAUGGAGAGGAUUUUCGACGUGCAGCUUCCGCAUUACAACCCCAGCGACGAAAAGGCCAAGAUGAAACCGACUCUCCUCCACAGAGACCUCCAGGCGCUCACGGAAGCCAUGUAUACCAACCUCUGCACCGUCCUGCUGGGCGACACCACAGAAGCGGGCAGUGGCUGGCAGGAGAUGGGGCUCCUCGAUUUCUCCUACAGCUUCAUGCUCAGAGCCGGCUAUCUGACUCUGUACGGAGUCGAGGCACUGCCACGCACCCCUGAGAGCCAGGCCCAGGACCGCAUCCACUCAGCCGACGUCUUCCACACCUUCCGCCAGCUCGACCUGCUGCUCCCCAAGCUGGCACGUGGCUCCUUGUCAGUGGGGGAUAAGGACCAGGUGUAAGUCAAAGGUCACCUGUGGAAGCUGCUGUCCCCAGCCAGGCUGGCCUGCCGGGCCCACAGGAGCAGCUGGCUGGACAGCUACCUGCAGCACCUGGAGGAGAUGGGCGCGUCGGAGGAGAUGCAGGCGCGGGCUCUGGCGCUGCAGCUGUGGGCCACGCAGGGGAACAUGGGUCCUGCUGCCUUCUGGCUCCUGCUCUUCCUUCUCAAGAAUCCUGAGGCCCUGGCUGCCGUCCGUGGAGAGCUUGAGCAGAUCCUUUUGCAAGCAGAGCAGCCUGUCUCGCAGAUGACCACCCUCCCACAGAAGGUUUUAGACAGCAUGCCUGUGCUUGACAGCGUGCUGAGCGAGACCCUCAGGCUCACAGCUGCACCCUUCAUCACUCGCGAGGUCAUGGUGGACCUGGCCCUGCCCAUGGCGGACGGGCGGGAAUUCACCCUGCGACGUGGUGACCGCCUCCUCCUCUUUCCUUUCCUGAGUCCGCAGAAGGACCCGGAAGUCUACACAGACCCAGAGGUAUUUCAGUACAACCGAUUCCUGAACCCUGAUGGAACCGAGAAGAAGGACUUUUACAAGGACGGGAAGCGACUGAAGAAUUACAGCGUGCCGUGGGGGGCGGGGCACAACCAGUGCCUGGGCAGGGCCUACGCCACCAGCAGCAUCAAACAAUUCGUGUUCCUUGUGCUGACGCGCUGUGACCUGGAGCUGACGAGCCCCGACGCCGAGAUCCCCGAGUUCGACCUCAGCAGGUACGGCUUCGGUCUGAUGCAGCCUGAGCGCGACGUGCCCAUCCGCUACCGCCUCCGCCCGUGAGGCCCGCGGCCCUGCUCACUCGCCUCGCCCAGCCCGCCCCGCAUCGCAUCGCCCGCUUCCCGUGUCCGCAUUCGGCCUGGUUGCAGAGCUGUGAAGGAACACGGCCUGCAUUACUACUCUCCUGCUUUUUCCCCAGAAGGCUGUGUCCGGGGGAGGGGAGGGAAAGGAAGCAGAGAGAAGGCGAACUAAGCAAGACCCCAGAUCUCUAUGGAGCCUCUGCUGCAGAGGCUUGGUGCCAAAAUGAGACUCUUUCUGCCCCCAGCUCCCCUUGCUCCUCUCAUGAUAUCCACAAAAGCCGCGGCAG